ACGGUGGGCCCUUCGAACCCGAUCCAACCCGCUUCGUGCUCGACCACACGCGCGCACGAUGUCCGCGCUCAUCAUCGCCGCCGCGCGUCGCUCGUCCGGGGCGUUCUCGCGCGCGCUCGCCGCGUCGCCACGGGCGGUGACCCACGGCGCCUCGGCAACCCCGAGGGAGCCGGCGUGGACCCGUCGCUCGUCCUCCUCCGCGACGUCGUCGUCCGCGGCGCAGUCGGAGGCGAUGGCGGCGUUUAGGGAGAGGCUCGCCGAAGGUCCCGACUUCGGGGACUUCGUCCGGGGAGAUGAGCUUCCGGGCACCGCGUACUCGCUCGCCGCGCCCAAAAACCUGCGCGACAAGUCCGUGCGCAAGCCCCCGUGGAUGAAGCGGACGAUCCCGGGCGGCGACAGGUACACCGAGAUCAAGGCCAAGCUGCGGGAGCUCAAGCUGAGCACGGUGUGCGAGGAGGCGAGGUGCCCCAACCUGGGCGAGUGCUGGGGCGGCGGCGACGGCCACACCGCCACAGCCACCAUCAUGAUCAUGGGCGACACGUGCACCCGCGCGUGUCGCUUCUGCGCGGUGAAAACCUCCAAGACGCCGCCGCCGCUCGACCCGGAGGAACCAGCGAACGUCGCCAAGGCCAUCGCCGCGUGGGGUUUGGACUACGUCGUGCUCACCAGCGUGGACAGGGACGAGCUGCCCGAUCAGGGCGCCGGUCACGUCGCCGAGACCAUCCGCCGCCUGAAGUCAUCCGCGCCGAAUCUUUUGGUCGAGGCGCUCACGCCGGAUUUCAGGGGCGAGGCGGAGCUGGUGAGGGAGGUGGCGGCGUCGGGCCUGGACGUGUUCGCGCACAACGUGGAGACGGUGCCGGAGCUGCAGGCGGAGGUCAGGGACCGACGCGCGAAUUGGGAUCAGAGCGUCGGGGUGCUGCGGGACGCGAAGCGGUUUGUGCCGAGUUUGAUCACGAAGACCUCGCUCAUGUUGGGCCUGGGCGAGACCAGGCCGCAGGUUGUGAACGCGCUCAAGCUGCUGCGCGAGGCUGGGGUGGACGUGGUGACGUUCGGGCAGUACAUGCGACCGACGAAGAGGCACCUCGCGGUGAAGGAGUACCUCACCCCCGAGGCUUUCGAGGCGUAUAAAAAAAUUGCGGAGGAUAUGGGCUUUUUGUACGUGGCGUCGGGGCCCAUGGUCAGGUCCAGCUACCGCGCGGGCGAGUACUUCCUGGAGAACGUGCUCAAGCAGAGGAAGGCGGAGGCGGCCAAGGCGACGGCGUGAUGGACGGCUGGGGGUGUGAUGACAUUCAUUGAAAUUGCAAUCCAAUUUGCAAAC